GGUCGUGAAAGUGAAUCGAUCGUGCGGUGGAUUUAUUUGCGUGAAACGUGAGCCAGUAACGAACCGGCUGGGUUCGAGUGCAGUGGAACCGCCACACCGGGCCGAUCGGAAAAUGCCUUCGAACCACAGGAAGAAGAAAAACAAAAAACCAGCAUCGCCAUGCUGUCUGCCUGUGUCAAGUGUCACCACAGAGUUAGACGAAGAGCAGAGAAAUGGCCGGAAACCGUACAUCGUGAAGCGUAAUGAUUUGGUCGGAAGAUACAUUGUGGCCGCAAAGGAUCUGAAGGCAGGUGAAACGAUACUCGAAACUGACCCACUGGUUGUGGGCCCGUGUGCCGAAAGUGACCCAGUUUGCUUGGGAUGCCACAGUACCUUUGACCCCGGAAGUGACGAUUUUCGGUGUGGUAGCUGUGGCUGGCGGAUAUGCUCCCCAGACUGUGCGGGCCUAUCGUCGCCCCACAGUACCCACCGAUCGCUAGAGUGCAUUCCAUUGCGAGAUAAAAACGUCAAGCGCCUCCUGCAAGCGGCCAGCGGUGAUGAACUGAAGCUGAUGUACGAAGCAGUGCUGACCUUGCGCUGUAUGCUGCUCCAAACCGUUGAUCCCUCCCUUUACGCGGGCAUCCUGGAGAUGGAUCCACUUAAUAGCGUGCGCCAGGCCAUCCCGAAACUGUGGAACCGCAACCAGAAGGCAAUCGUGGGCCGCAUACGCGACGAAUGGGCUUUCCAGGAGUUUAGCGAGCAGGAGCUUCACACCAUUUGCGGUGUGAUCGAGGUGAACGCGUUCGAGGUGGGUCAGGAACCGGUCAAAGCGCGUGCCCUCUUCCCGGAGGCAUACCUUCUAAUGCACGAUUGUACACCCAACACCGGCCACACGGACGCCCCGCAGACACAUCGACUUACUGUGCGAACCCUCGGUAAGGUCAAGGCUGGCCAGCCGUUGACCCUGGCCUAUGCCUACAUCUUGCAGGGAACACUGAAACGACGGCAGCACCUGUGGGAGGAAAAGUUCUUCUGGUGCACCUGUGCCCGUUGUAGCGAUCCGACGGAGUUCGGUACCUUCUGCAGCGCCGUGCGAUGCACCAAGUGUCGCCGAGGAUACCUACUGCCAAGCAGUCCUCUUGAUCAGGAAGCCGACUGGCGUUGCAAUGGCGGGUGCCCAAACGCAGCCUCAUGCCAAACAAUUGUACUGCUGCUCGAGAAAGCUUUCCAAAAGCUGGACAGUAUAGGUGGGAACGAUGUCGAAGGAUACGAGCGUUUUCUUACGGCGUACGGUACCGUAUUGCACGAAAACCACCAUCUGUUACUGUCGGCCAAGCACUCUCUGUGUGAACUGUACGGCAAAGCGGAAGGCUACCUGAUUCCGAACCUCAGCCGGGAGCAGCUGAAGCGUAAGGAAACACUUUGCCGUGAUUUGCUGGAGGUGAUCGAUCAGCUGGAACCGGGAUUGAGUAGGCUUCGUGGAACUAUUCUCUACGAGCUGCACGUACCUCUUAUGAUCGAAGCUGGGCAGCUGUUCCAAGGUGGUGCCAUUCAGCGGCCAGAACUUCGGCGACGGUUAAAGGAGGUUCAACGGUUAUUGCAGGAGAGCGAACAAAUUUUGGCACUAGAACCAGAGGGUUCACCUGAACAUGGCAUAGCGGAGGCAGCAAGAGAUGCAAUUAAAAACAUGGGUCCAAUAUAAACCCA